AUGGAUCCAGCAGCAACCACGCCCGUGUCCCCGAGGCUGUCUGCCGACAGCGGCGCCGCUCCGAAGGCUCCGUUGCAGCCUACACCUCCAGCACCGCUAGACCAGUCGCCCGCGCCCGUGAGGCCCGCAGAGCCCCAGGUUCCUACACCCGGCUCUUCCGACUCUGGCCAGCCCCUUAAACCUAAUGCAUGUAUCAGCUGCCAGCGCCGCAAGGUUAAGUGCGACCGCCUAGAGCCUUGCUCCUCGUGCAAGCGCUACCGCGCUCACUGCGAGUUUCGCGACCCUGCCCCGCGCCGGAAGAGAAAACUCAGUGAUGAGGACCUUCACGCGAAGCUGGACCGCUAUGAAUCCAUUCUCAACAGCUUCGGCGCGCGAGUUGAUGCAAGGCCCGAAGCUGCGUCUGCCGAGAGGUCCGCGUCUGCCGUGCUGCCGCCGCCGGCCUCGGCCUUCACUCCUCUAAACGCCACUCGCCCGUCCUCAUUGCACAAUACUCCCUCCACCUCAUCCCAUGAGGCCCUUCCGGCCCGGACCGCGCCUGCUGCCCCUCCCGCUCCCGAGGAAAACGGCCGCCUCAUUUUUGAGAAAGGCAGUUCCAGGUAUCUAGAGAACAGUCUCUGGAAGGGUAUAUCCGACGAAUUCCAGAGACCAGGGGACAUGUUGCGCCUUCAUGCUCCCUCUGGCAACCAGACCGCAAAUUUACCCGCCGAAGCUCCCUCGCUCGUCGCCAGUGAGCUCUUGCUUGGACUCGUGCGGAAUCCUUCUGGAAGCAUGCGCAACCUUCAUCCCCAACCGCCGCAUAUUUUUCUUCUGUGGCAGGCUUUUCUCGACAAUGUCAAUCCGCUGGUGAAACUUCUGCAUGCGCCUACCGUUCAGCGUCAAAUACUCAAGGCAGCAACCAACUUGGAUGCCAUUGAUCCAGGGACUGAAGCUCUGAUGUUUGCAAUUUAUACCUUCGCCAUCGUUUCAUUGAGCCCGGAGGAGUGCCAGUCGACUUUUGGUGAAAGUAAGAACGAGUUGCUCGCCAAGUUCCACCACGGCACAAAGUUGGCCUUGCACCGUGCCGAGUUCCUGCGGUCAUCGCAGCUCAUUGUCUUGCAGGCUUAUAUUCUGUAUCUGCUAGCUAUGCGCCCCUACUACGACAUCCAAACGCUUUGGUCCCUGUCGGCGGUGGCUGUUCGCAUGGGCCAAAGGAUCGGACUCCAUCAGGACGGAAGCAAGAUGGGCCUUCCGCUCUUCGACAUCGAGAUCCGCCGUCGGGUUUGGUGGCAACUCAUGCCCCUCGAUAUGCGCACUGCAGAGCUUGCAGGCGGUACCACUUCUCUGACGUCCAAGAUUUGGGAUGUCGAGCUUCCACUGAAUUGCAACGACAGCGAUCUAGACCCAGAUAUGAAACAGCUUCCUGUCGAGCAUAAUGGUCCGACCGAGAUGUUUUUUUGCAACAUGCGCUACAACUUCGGAAGGUUCAUGAAAAAGGCCAGCGCUGGUCAAUACUUCGACAUCAGGACUUACCCCGAGGACUCGUCAAGCAUUACCAGCUAUCAAGUCGCACUGGCGGAGAAAGACAAGAAGCUUGACGAGCUCGAGCAAUUCCUGGACGAAAAUUUCCUUAGGCACUGCGACCCCUCAGUACCGCUGCACUACCUCUCGGCCAUCGUCGCGCGCUGCGCCCUCUGCGUGAUGCGCUUGAUCGCACACCACCCACGUCGCUACUCAGAUAAAGGCAUGAGCCUGCCCAAGUCGGAGAAAGACUUCCUCUUCCGCACGACGCUCAAGAUCGUUGAGCUAGAUAACCUCGUGCACGGCGACCCCAGUCUGCAGCGCUUCAUGUGGCACAUGGACGCCUUCUUCCAGUGGGAAGGCUUCAUCUACCUAGUGUCGGAGCUGCGCGUGCGCACGUCGCCGGUGGACCCGGACGUGGAGAAGGGCUGGUUCCACGUCAACAAGGUGCUCGAGAACCAUCCGGAUAUCCUUGACAUCCACCGCAACCCCCUGCACCUCGCCGUCGCCAGCCUCGCCUCCAAGGCCUGGGAUGCCUACGUCGCCGAUGCCGUGCGCCAGAAUAGGCCGCCGCCCGAGCUGCAGGACCUCAGGGCGCUCGAGGUGCUCGUGUCCAAGGCGCGCGAGUUGCGCUCGUGCUCGCCGCCGGGGUCGCUGCCGCAUGCGCAUCAGCAGCAGCAACAACAGCAAUCGUCGGGAGACAAGAAGGCAGCGGCAGGCGAGCGCGCGUCAGAGGCGCAGAAUGGCGCUGCAGGAGCGCAGAGCCAGGGGACGCCGGAUGGAUGGAUGCCGAAUGGACUAGACGCGAGUCCGAUGGAUUGGGACCUGUGGGAUGACAUGCUUGCCGAGUUUGGUUUGGGAAUGGAGGCUUUCGGUGGGUAUGGCGUCACGAACAAGUGA